UUUAAUACACCAAUAUGAUCUGAAUUCUUGAGUACUCACUCUCCCACCUCACUCAUUUCUAAUUAGCUCCUUCCUUCGAUAAAUACCAUUUUCCCAAAUCCCAACUUCAAAAAAAAAAAAAAAAAAAAAAACCAAGAACCUCACCAAAAAAAUGGAUAGAUCCAAUAAUAGUGCCCAUAGAAGAGAACCACACCCCUCAAAUGAAUAUGAACACUCAACAAACACUACCAAAAAAACUCAUGAAGAAUUAUUACCACAAGAAGAAGAAGAAAUACAAUCAGUUGAGAGGAUUUUUGAGUCAAAAGAAGUGCCUUCAUGGCAAAGUCAAUUAACCUUCAGGGCAUUUUUUGUGAGCUUCAUAUUAGGAAUUCUAUUCACUUUUAUUGUUAUGAAGUUGAAUCUUACUACUGGAAUUAUCCCUUCUCUUAAUGUUUCUGCUGGAUUAUUGGGGUUCUUUUUUGUCAAGACUUGGACUAAAUUUCUUGAGAAAUCUGGGAUGUUAACGCAACCGUUUACUCGUCAAGAAAAUACUGUUAUUCAGACUUGUGUUGUUGCAACUUCAGGCAUAGCCUUUAGUGGAGGUUUUGGAAGCUAUCUUUUUGGUAUGAGCGAAGUUGUUGCUAAGCAGUCAACUGAAGCUAAUGCUGCAGAUAAUGUUAAGAACCCUUCUUUGGGAUGGAUGAUGGGUUUUCUCUUUGUUGUUAGCUUUCUUGGACUUUUCUCAGUUGUUCCCCUUCGUAAGAUUAUGAUCAUAGACUUCAAACUUAUUUAUCCGAGUGGCACUGCAACUGCUCACCUGAUCAACAGUUUCCAUACUCCACAAGGAGCUAAGCUAGCCAAGAAACAAGUAAAAGCUUUGGGAAAGUUCUUCACCUUCAGCUUCUUGUGGGGUUUCUUCCAGUGGUUUUUCACAGGUGGUGAUGGCUGUGGGUUCGUGAAUUUUCCCACGUUCGGUCUCAAAGCCUACGAGAACAAGUUUUAUUUUGACUUCUCGGCGACUUAUGUUGGUGUUGGGAUGAUAUGUCCUUAUCUAAUCAACAUAUCGUUGCUAGUCGGAGCGAUCCUUUCGUGGGGUAUAAUGUGGCCUCUUAUUCAAGACAGAAAAGGUCAUUGGUACCCUGCUGAUCAAAGUCCUAGCAGCCUUCACGGUAUACAGGGUUACAGGGUCUUUAUAGCAAUAGCCAUGAUCCUUGGUGAUGGUCUAUACAACUUCAUCAAAGUUCUUGGACGAACGUUAUAUGGUAUAUAUUGCCAAUUCCGCGAGAAAAGAGCAGGGUCUGUCCUUCCUGUUGGUGUCCGUGCAUCCCCUACAGAGGCACCUCUAUCUUAUGAUGAUUGGAUACGAACCGAGCUUUUCCUCAAGGAUCAAAUCCCUACAUGGGUUGCAAUAGCCGGUUAUAUUAGCAUUGCCAUCCUCUCCACUAUAACUCUUCCACACAUUUUCCAUCAACUUAGGUGGUACUACAUCAUUGUGAUAUACAUUUUUGCACCGGUACUAGCCUUCUGCAACGCUUACGGAUGUGGUCUCACCGACUGGUCGUUGGCAUCCACAUACGGAAAGCUAGCCAUCUUCACGAUUGGGGCAUGGGCGGGUUCCGCUCAUGGUGGGGUUCUAGCGGGAUUAGCUGCUUGUGGUGUCAUGAUGAACAUAGUCUCCACUGCGUCUGACCUAACGCAGGACUUCAAAACCGGUUACAUGACUUUAGCUUCUCCAAGGUCCAUGUUCAUAAGCCAAAUAAUCGGAACAGCGAUGGGAUGUAUCAUUUCUCCUUGUGUAUUUUGGCUCUUCUACAAGGCCUUCCAUGACUUAGGCGUUCCCGGUUCAGAGUAUCCGGCCCCUUAUGCGCUCGUCUAUCGUAACAUGUCUAUCUUGGGAGUCGAAGGAUUCUCAGCUCUACCGAAGAAUUGUCUCACCCUUUGCUACGUAUUCUUCCUCGGAGCUAUUGCUAUCAACGCGGUAAGGGACGCUGUAGGAAAGAACAAGGCGAAGUAUAUUCCUCUUCCUAUGGCAAUGGCUAUACCGUUCUAUCUUGGAUCGUAUUUCGCGAUUGAUAUGUGUCUCGGGAGCCUGAUAUUGUUCGUAUGGACAAAGAUAAACAAGACCAAGGCCGAUGCAUUUGGACCAGCCGUAGCGUCUGGACUAAUUUGUGGUGAUGGGAUCUGGACCUUGCCUAGUUCGAUACUAGCUUUGUCAGGUGUGAAUCCGCCGAUUUGCAUGAAGUUUCUAUCAAGGAAGGAUAAUAUCAGGGUACAAAGUUUCAUAAAUUCUUGAAGUCGUAUACUGGUAGGUUUUAUCGGGUUAUAUUGUUCUGUUUCCUCUGUAUGUCGCCUUUUCUACGAAGAUUGUUCGAUGUCCAUAUUGAUAUGAACUGCCAUAAAGAUAGAAGUUUUACUUAGAGAAUAUGUUGAUCUUCAUAUCAGGUUGUAAAUGUGAUAUAUCUUAAGCACUACUACAAGUUAAUUCUGAUUAAGUGGUCAUUUUAGCUAUAAAUUAAA